UGCAAAUUUUAUUCACCAACUAGUGAUCAUGGCAUGACAAUACAAACACCUAUGGCUGAGAAAGAGGAGGCCCCUGCCACCACGACUCUCAAUGGCGGAGGAGGAGAAGACGAGGAGAUGAGAGAGGGAGGAGGGGCCAUGUACCCAUCGCCUUGUCACCGGAGAAGCAGAAGGCUUGCGGCCACCGCCACACCAUCGGAGGAGGGGACCUGCGAUCUACUAGAUUACAUACCAAAAAGUGGUUGGAGGCAUGGAAGUCGUGUGAGAAGUGCACGCGAGAGAGGAACAUGGUCGAUAAACAUUGAACCAUGCUCCCGGGACUUGUGUUCUGCAAGUGAAGGCCAAAAACAUGGGAGCAGAAGAAACAAUGACCAUUGGACAUCUGAAGAGGUGAAAGAACUAGUGGAUGGCGUAUCUGUAUAUGGGGUUGGACCAUGGACUAAGUUGAAGAAUGAAAGGUUUCAAAUAUCAAUUCGAACAGCUGUGCAUCUUAAGGAUAAGUGGAGAAACCUAGUGAAAGCCUUCACGGGAAAUGUGAAAAGAAGGGUCACGCCUCGUCUAGAUAAGAAUUGCAUCGAAAAGAUCAAGAGGCUAGCAGCUGAUUACCCUCGAAAAUGAAGUUGCACUCGUGAAUGCUACGCGAAACACCGUACAAUACUUUCGGUGUUGCAGUGACCCCGCAACAAGAGUUCUGUUAUUUUUCAGAACUGUGAAGCAUAGGCUGUUAAGUGUGUCGAGAGUAGAGAGUAGAUUGAACCAUCUGGGUGGAGCAGCUUCUAUCUCCUGCCUAGCUGCCCUGUGAAUGGGAAUAGCGCUCGCUCCUCCGACCUGUUGGCGUGCCGGUUUUGCUAUAGUGAUGUAAUUAGCUUGACCUUUCAUUUAACACCAUGGUACAUU